ACCAUUUCCAGACUGUCUCCAGUCCACAAUGUCAUCUUCUUUCAAGACCUGCUGGAUCUCUCUACACCGAAACAUUAAACUCUUUUUCCAUCAAAUGAGAAGAAGAAAACACAAGAGAUUGUCAUCUGGUUUUGAUUUGUUAACCUCAUCCUUCACAACCAUGGAAGAGUCGAACCAAUAUAGACAAGUUUUCAAGGUGAUGGACGCAAAUGGUGAUGGGAAAUUAUCAGCAUUAGAACUAAGUGAAGUCCUUGUUUGCCUAGGUUAUGAUAAGUCGAAAGCCACCAAAGAAGCUCAAGUAAUGGUGUCGCAGAUAGACUACAACGGAGAUGGCUUCAUUGACUUGGAUGAAUUCAUGGAUGCAGUUCACAGUGAUAGCAAAGAAGAUUAUCUAAUGGAUGCUUUUCUCAUUUUUGAUACUGACAAGAACGGACUGAUCUCGGCGAGAGAGUUGCGAAGAGUUCUAAAUAACCUUGGAAGUGAUAAUUGCAGCCUUCAAGAUUGCCGGCGUAUGAUACAAGGAGUAGACAAGGACGGAGAUGGCUUCGUCAAUUUUGAAGAAUUUCGUUCAAUGAUGUCUCAUAAUAACUAAACAUAUAAUUAGCUAGUUCCUUUCUGGUACGCAAAUUAUCUUCUCAAUUUCAUGUAAUUAAUUAUCGACUUAUGAGUACUUGAAGAGUGGUGAUUCUAGUC